AUGCUCAUAACGACGGCUGCUACUACUACUACUACCGUUGCCGCUGUUCCGACAGAUCAAGACCCACAACUGCUUCGUCUCCCUUUGAUCCGUAAUCCAUACAGUACCGAUAUACUGGAAGCUGCGCGAAGAAAGCAUGGACGAGCUCUCAACAAACGGGACAAAACAUAUGCGACGGAACUGUAUAACGAUCAAGGUUCUCAAUACCUCGUCGAGGUUGGUAUUGGUACACCGCCUCAGAAUUUUACAGUAACAUUGGAUACUGGAAGCGCUGAUCUUUGGGUACCUUCAAGCGAAUGUUCACAAAGCGAAUGUCCUUAUGGCGGGUUCCAAGAAUCAGCAUCCUCGACGUUCCAAGGCGGCGGCGAAGAUUUCGGGAUCCAGUACGGCAUCGGCAGUGUCAACGGCACGUAUGUCACAGAUACCGUCACAGUAGCAGGCGCCAGCGUCCCCGACCAGCAAUUUGGACUGGCCAAGACAACGCAGGAUAUCCUUACCACACCGACGACCGUAGGCGGCAGCGGUGGUGACGAGGCCAAGCCAAACAACCGGACGAAUGUCGCUGCAAACGGUAUCUUGGGCUUAGGCUAUCCACAGUUAACUGCAGCCACUACACAAGGCGAACAAACAUACAAUCCAUUUGUUUUUAACCUAGUCGAAAAGAACGUCAUCAAAGAUCCCGUGUUUUCAGUCUACAUGAACAGCGCAUCAAAGACUGGUUGGGCGGGUGAAAUCAUCUUUGGUGGUGUUGAUAAUUCAAAGUACUCGGGCGAGCUCAACUACUUGCCCGUAGCGCAGCUUACUACACAGCAACAGCCCUUGGGCGGUUUAGACGGUGGAGAAACCCAGGACCAACAACAGCAGCACCAGGGUUACUACUACUGGAUGGUGUAUGGUAAAGGCGUUUCAGUGAAAACAGCCAACGGAAGCUCGCAAGACUACGACUUGCAAUCGAUGGGCGCAUUUAUCCUUGACACCGGCACGACACUCACAUACAUGCCAACGCAAAUGGCUAUCCAGGUUGUCACUGCUGUGGCCGGGGACAGUGGAUUCCAGCUCGAUCGACAGUCUGGUGUGAUGAUUGUAGACUGCAGCGUGGCUCAAUCGCAGGCUGAGGUGCAGCUCAAGAUGUCUCAGUCCAGCAAUGGAUCUGGUCAACCCGUUGUACUCAGCGUGCCCGCCUCUGAGCUGGUCAUUCCAUUGGAUGGCGACACGCCCGAAACCUCGUCGGCUUGUAUGUUUGGCAUCGCCCCACUCGGCAGCUCGGGCGGCGGGUUGGGAUCCAACAUGUUCUUGGUGGGCGACUCGAUGCUCCGUAGCGCUUAUCUUGUUUUUGAUAUGGGUCAGAAUCGUAUUGGUAUUGCUUCGGCAGCGGGUGUCGCUGGUAAUGUCAACGGUGUCGAUGGCUCAAGUGACUCAGAUGGUUAUGCCGCUGGCGCUGCUGCAUCUGCCUCAAGUCCAUUCAACGGCUAUAUCCACUUCUUGGCUGCCUUGGUUUCUCUUUAUGUCUACAAUUGGCUGACAAUCUAG